UUUGUUCUGCCUAAGUCUAAGGUCAGCGUCUUAUAGUUCAAGAUGGACGCAGACGAAAUCGAAGUACAGGAAACGACCCCACUGUCCUCUGCAGAAGAGAUAGAACUAUGUCCCAUUGAGGAGGACAGUAUAAGCACAAGUCAGGUGUUGCUACAGCAACAAGAUGACGAGGGAGACAGCACCAGCUGCAGCGAAGCGGCGGGCCCGGUCUGCGAGCACCUGAAACACCUCAUGACCAAUGGGGAUGUGACCAUUUCUUCAGCUGAUGUAGAAGAAGAUCUGGUCGCUCCACUGGCCACGCCCGAAGACCUGUCGUCCUUGUCGUCGGUCUCGCUACAGUCCUUGACUGAUUCUAAGGAUGCCUCGUCUGAUUCUAAGAGUAAGAGUUCCCUGGUCGAGUCUGCAAAGUCCGAGGAAGAAUUCUUAGAAGAAGAAGAACAAGAGGAAGAAGAAGAAGAAGAGAAGGAGGAGGAAGAACCAGGAGAGGAAUCAACUCUUCUUACUCCAGAUCAAAGGGAAGAAAGUGAAAGUGCAGAGAAGACUGAAGAACAGGAAGAUGAAGAUGAGGAGGAGGAUGGUGCCAGGGGAGGUGAUGGGGAAUCUCACCAAGCCCUCAAUCCCAUCGUCAUAGUGAAGACUCCAAGAAGGAUUCUGAGGUGUCCACUCUGUGAGGCUGAGGCGCUAGAAGCCAUGGCAAGACAAGGGACAAUAGUUCUGCCGGCAGACAUGCAUAGAGGUGGUGGCGACGCAAGACUGCAAAAUACAGAUGAACUAGUUAGAAUGGAAAAUGGAACUUCUCCUGUUUAUCAAGUGACUAGCAGGGAAGGAGCCAGGCAACUCAGGGAAGGAGUUACAGAGGACAACGCCUCCAUGUGCUCGGAAGAAAUGUCUCUGUACCCGAUUGACGUUCGGGUUUUUCUCGAGGACAGCAUCGAAGCGCUGGCGGGAAGCAUCCAAUGGGUGGAUGAGACAGACGACGAGUACGAAGGGUACUGCUAUCCCGUGGACCCCUUCGCCAUCCAGGUCCUCCCGCUGCCGGGCUCGGAGACGGCCCGCGCCUGCGCGCACUACGCCGCCAAGAAGACGCACCAGGCCAUGGAGAGGACUCACGAGGUCUACGUCCGCGGGAAGGAGCGCUGGGGGGAGGUCUACGUCAGGGGAAGGGAGAGAGUGGGGGAAGCUUACGUACACUCGAAGGAAAGGAUGGGAGAAGCUGCCGUCAAGGCCAAGGACAGGGUGGAGUGGGCCGUGGUCGGCACCAGGGAAGCCGUGGGGGAGACCCUGGUCAGGAGCAAGGAGGCCAUGAGGAAAACUAAGGAGGCCAUGGGGGAAACCAUGAGGGAAACCAAGCAAGUGGUGGCAGAGAAGGUGGAGCACUCCAAGGAGGUGAUCGAGAGAGGGGUGGAGAGGACCAAGGAGGUCGGCAAGAAAGUGGUGGAGGCACUGUGGAAGUUGAUGCCCCACCAUGCACUGCCGGAGUGGUUGAAGGAUAACGAGUACCUGAAGGGGAGUCACCGGCCGCCCAUGCCCUCCUUCAGGUCCUGCUUCCGCUCCAUGUUCAGGAUUCACUCCGAGACCGGCAACAUAUGGACACACUUUCUGGGUUGCCUUGCGUUCAUCGCGGUUGCCAUCUACUUCCUGGUGAAGCGCUCGUCUGCGGACAUGCACCACCCGCUGAUAGAGAAGUUCGUGUGCGGAGCGUUCUUCCUGGGCGCCGUGCUGUGCCUGGGCUUCUCCUGGAUCUUCCACACUGUCUACUGCCACUCCGAGAGGACUGCCAAGAUAUUCGGCAGGCUUGACUACUCAGGGAUAUCUCUGAUGAUCAUGGGUUCGUUUGUGCCGUGGCUGUACUACACCUACUACUGCAAGGAGGUGGCACAGUACACCUACCUGGCUAUAGUCAUGGCGCUCGGAAUCUGCUGUAUCGUCAUUUCGCUCUGGGAGAAAUUCAGCGAACCCCGGUUUAGGGCCUUUAGGGCAUGCAUGUUCCUGGGGCUGGGGUGCAGCGGAGUUGUCCCCGUCAUACACUAUCUCAUAUCAGACGGCUUCAACAUGGCGAUCACCGCCGGCCAGGUGGGCUGGCUGGGCCUCAUGGGGCUGCUCUACAUCGUGGGGGCCGUCAUGUACGCCACGCGCGUGCCCGAGAGAUUCUUCCCAGGGAAGUUUGACCUCUGGUUCCACAGUCACCAGAUAUUCCACGUUUUAGUGGUCGCUGCUGCUUUCGUCCAUUACCACGGGAUGAACAAGAUGGCGGACUACCGCUUCCACGCUGGGCCCUGCAUAACGACACCGUAGACCGUGCCUUUUGUAUACCUUUGACAGGAGCUGAUGCUGAGAUCGAGUUGACGCUACCUCUUUGUUACAUGUAUACAGUUUAUGUUAAGGGAGGGUACCUCACUAGUAUUAGACUGUGGUACGUCAGCGGCAUUGCAGCGUUCCGAAAUGAAUUUGUCACAGUUACCCAUCAUGUUUUGAAUAUAACUCAAAACUUACAAGUAUGAGUGAGAAAAAAAAACAAAACACAAA